AUGGACAACCAGCAUGCAGUAACAAGGCAUUAUGCGAUCCUCAUCGGCAUUGAUGCUUAUCCCCGCGGAUCCUUGACCAGCUGCGUACGAGAUGUAACAAGGAUCAAGGAAUGCCUCGAGGAUAAACUGAGUUCGGUGCAUGUCCGGACUUUGACAGCAAGCAAGAGCUCCGAUCCGGAGAUAGUUACUCCACGUGAAGACCCAGCAUGCUGGCCGACAUGUCGCAAUGUGACCUCGGCUUUUGAAGCCAUUACAUCUCAGGCAGAGCCGGGAGAUUCCGUUUACAUCCAUUACUCAGGGCACGGCACUAGACUUGAUCCGUGCUUUGACUUCUCAAACCAGUCCACCGGGGAUUUGGCACUGGUUCUUCUCAAAGGAGAUCAAAGCCCAGAGGAAUAUCUAAAGGGACUACGGUUGGCCUGCUUUCUCAAAAAAAUGGUUGACAAGAAUUUGAAAGUCACUCUUGUUCUGGACUGCUGUUUCUCUGCGACAGUAUACCGCAAUGGUGGACCUAGUGUCCGAUACCUCCCAUGCGACCUCGUGACAGCCCCAUCGACUUUACUAGACCCUGAGAUCAGCUUCAGAGGUGGAAAUCCUUGUUCUGCGAAGCGCAAUGGAUCUAUGCGCGACAACUGGCUAGUGGAACCUAACCGCUAUGCAAUACUCGCUGCUUGCGGGCCUGACGAGAACGCUAAAGGAGGCUCCGAAACAUCCGAAAAGGGGCUAACAUACGGAGUCUUGUCCUACUUCUUACUUCGAACAAUUUCUGCUCACGGGCUUGGGUGGAGACACAGGGACAUACAUCAUCAUAUACGUGCUAUUUUCUGGGAAUCCUGUAUCGCGCAACAUCCUGUCCUGUACGGGAACGCGGACCAAGGCUUCUUCGGUCCAGUCCAAACGCACCGCGGUGUAAGGUCAGCCCGCAUCGUCCAGCGUGAGGGAAUCAUUCAAAUACUAGCCGGCCAAGCGCACGGCGUCCGUGAUGGCGACCAGUUUACUGUGUUUUUUCCAACAUCGACAAGCGGUGAUGGGAAUGAGGAAAGAUUGAUCGCCAAGAUAAUCCAAGUUGGCGGUCUUACGUCUCAGUUAGAGCUGCUGGAUCCCCAUCGAAAAGUUCAGACAGGAUGGAUCGCAGAGCCACUCACUUGUGCGUAUCUCGCGCAAUUCCCCAUUCACUUGGCGCCCGACCUCCCACAUCGUGAUGAAUGGUUGGCAGCACUGAAGGAACGGUCACUUAGUACCAACAUCAACACUCCCCAGAUCCCAGUAUUCCACGUCGUGUUGAAGAACAUCGAUGAAUACGAGAUCCUAGACAGCUCUGGUCAAAAUUUGAUCAAUUUGCCAGCCUUGCCCCGAGACCAAGUGGACACUGGCCGCAUCUGCGAUGUGCUAGAGCAUUUGACCAGGUUCAAAGCGACCAAGGAAUUGAAUAAUCAGGUGCCUAAUGCUGCAUUCCGAACGUCAUUUGACGUUCAGAUAGUCAACGAUGGAGCAGUGUUCGGUCCAGAGGAACAGAUAGAGGUGCGACACAACACCCCUCUCGAAUUAACCAUAAACAACAAAGGCGACACAACUCUGUAUGCGCAUGUUUAUAAUCUCGGCCCGUGUUGGAGGGUCAAAGGGAUUAUCCGAGCAACCUACGAGGCGAUUCCUCCACGGAAAGAUCCCCACAAUGGCAGCUUGUCACUUCCAGGAAAGUUGUCAAGGAGGAUCAGGAUGACAGUGCCUCCCAUAAUGAAGGACUAUGGUUCAUGCGAGGAUAUCAUCAAGGUCUUCGUAACAUCCCAGCCGACAUCGUUUGACUUGCUAGAGCUACCCAAACUUGGUGGGCUAACAGAUAUAUUUUCGGGCAAUAGGGGCAGCCAGUAUUCCAGCUCCGCAUCGGGGGAUUGGAUGGCAGUGAAUUUCUCGAUUCGUACAUUAGCCUGA